AUGCGUUUCAUUGAUGUUUCCCUCGUUCUUGCUCUGUCCGCCGUGACGGUUGCUUCUCCCAGUCCUGAUGCAGAGAAGACUUUGCACAAAGCUGGCCAGAGUCCAGCUCAUCUCCUUGCGCGUGAUCAACCAAAGACCCUUCACAAAGCCACCCCUGCUUUCAAGCUCAUGGCUCGCCAGUCCUCUGGGGAUUCGGGCUCUGCGGGAGACUCGGACUUUUGCAGCGGUUACGGUGCGACAUGCGCUAGUUGUUUUGGUACCAACUGGGCCGAGUGCUCUGACGGUUUGAACUGCUACGACACAACCGAUCCAAGUUCUUCAUGCGAUGACGGAUCCUCUUCUAGCUCUUCCUCUAGCUCUGGAAGCUCCAGCGGUGGUUCCAGCGCCACCGAAGGCUCUGCUGGAGACUCGGAUUACUGCAGUGGUUACGGCGUGACCUGUGCUAGUUGCUUUGGUACCAACUGGACCGAGUGUCCGGAUGAUUUUACUUGCUACGAUACAACCGAUUCAAGUUCUUCAUGUGAUAGCAGCUCUUCAUCUGGUUCGGGAGGGUCCAGUGGUGGCUCUAGUGGCAGUUCCGAUUACUGUUACGGCCAAGGUGCCACUUGCGAGAGCUGCUUCGGGUCUGGAUACAUUGAAUGCUCAGAUGGCUUCACCUGUUACGAUCCUUCGGAUCCCUCAACCUCAUGUCCUGAUGACUCAAGUUCUGGCUCUAGCUCCGGCUCCGGCUCCGGCCUUGGAAGCCCAACUACUUCCACCUCAACUACAACCUCGACUUCUGGUUUGGGCUCGCUUGGCACCCUUAGUGGUGACUCUUCAUCCAGCUCCUCCACCAGCAGACCCAUCAGCUCAUCGUCUACAGCCUCCGAGAGCACUGCUUCCGCAACAUCGGCUACUACUACUACUGCUGAGCCUUCUACUACUACUUCCUCUGUCCCGUCUGAAACCUCCGGUGCAUCUUCAACCCUAGAGAAUGUGGGCACUGCUUCCGGUCUCAAUAUUCCACUAGGCUUGUUUGCCAGCGUGGGUGCCGCAGCACUCUUUGCUGUUGCUCUGAUAUAA